AUGUGGAACAAUCUGGAAUUUUUCAGAAGGAAUUUUGUCAUUAAAUUUUCAAAAGGAAUUUUUCAAACCUCACUUCUUUUACAGUUUUUGAGAGAUCAAGAAUCUGGCUUUGUGACAAUUCUCAUCCGAACACGGAUUUUGCCACUGUAUACCAUAGUUGUUUCUGUACCACACCUCAUUGCAAGUGCAAACUGGGUACUUGGAGAACUAGGCUCCUGUUUACCAGAGGAGAUAAGUGCUGAUGUAUAUUCUCAAUUGCUUAUGGCAUUGGUUAUGCCAUAG